AUUUAUUAAUCAAUAAAAAUAAUUUUUAUAAUUAUAAUAAAAUAUUAAUAAUUAUUGAAUUAUUGAUAAUAAAAAUGUUAUAAUAAAAUAAAAAUUAAUCAUUAAAAACUAAUAAUAUAUAGAAGGAAAUAUUAAAAAUCCAAGGUUUUGUUCCAAAGAAAAUAAACAAGAAAUUUUUGAUUUCAAUAUAAAAAAGUUAUUGACAAAAUUAAAAGUAAUGAAAAUAAUUCUAAUUGAAAUUGUAUAAUUUUUUUUCAAAUAGACUUUAGUUAAAGCCAAAAUAUUGUUGAAUAUAAAAAAAUUUGGAGGAUAAAUUUAACAACGAUUUUAUUUAUCUCAACAAUAUAGAAUAUACAGCGUUCACAUAUAUAACAUAUGCAUAUCCACACAAUACAUAGAAUUCCCAGUACUCAGAAUUUUACUGUUCAAAGAAAAUUGUGAAUCAAAGAAUAAUAGUUAAACACUAUAAAAUAGAGGAAAGAAUAAUAACAAUAAUAAGAAUAAAAUAACUACAAAAGCAUAAAAUGGAUAUAAUUAUAACUGAAGAGGAAAUUUCUUUGCCACAAGUGGCUUUAUAUGCUUCCGUUUCAUUUUUAAUUGUUUCAAUUCUCGGAGCAAUUUUAUACAUAACUUGUUCAAAGAAAUAUCGUCUCAACUGGUUUGAGAAAAGUUUAUUAGAAGCAGCUAAAGAUUCUGAGGAUAUUAGAGAAAGUCGAGAAGCUUUGGUUGGAAGUGGAAUUCCAUAUAAUGUUGACAAUGUUAGUGAAUGUUCACGUUCAAUAGGUAAAGGUAAUUUAACACCUACAUCAAUCAAUGAUGAUCCAACAUUUUGGGUACCACCUAAAACAACUACUGGAAAUGCUAAUCAAAAUUCAUCAGCAGAAGAAUCUACUCCGGCAACACCAUCAUCACCAACAGAAAGUACAAGAUCAAUGACAUUAUCAAUGUGCUCUGGUACAAUACCAAUUGCUCGUUCUGAUAAACAGAUGGUUUUAGCAAUGAAUCCAGUUAAACCUAAAGUUACAUCAAUGCAUGCUAAAUUGGAUCCAACAAAAAUUGAUACAUCAUUAUACCAAGGUAAUGAGCCUACCUCACCACCGCCAACAAAUGAAAACUUAAGAGGAAAUAUACAUUUAUGGAUUUGGUACGAUCCAGUUGCUGGAAAUUUAACAAUAAGAUUAAUUGAAGCACAAGAAUUACAGCCAAGAGAUUUUAGUGGUACAGCAGAUCCUUACGCAAAAAUAAGAUUGUUGCCAGAUAAAAAGAAUGUAUGGCAAACUAGGAUACAUAAGAAGACUUUGAAUCCAAUAUUUGACGAAGAUUUCGUUUUUGAAGAACACCCAACACAAAUUGGUAAACGAACUCUUGAAAUUCUUCUUUAUGAUUUUGAUGCAUAUUCAAGACAUUUAUGUAUUGGCGGAACACAAAUUCUUUUAGAGAAAUUAGAUUUAUCUGAAAGAGUUGACAUCUGGAAACAAUUAGGGGUAGUUGCAGAACAAGAUGCGAAAAUUGAUUUAGGUGAUUUAAUGGUAUCUUUAUCAUAUCUACAAUCAGCUGAACGUUUAACAGUAGUUGUUAUUAAAGCAAGAAAUUUAAGAGUUAUAGAUGAUUCAAGAAAUUCAUCAGAUCCAUAUGUUAAAGUUUCUUUAAUAAAUAAUGGUAAAAAAAUUAAAAAACGUAAAACUGGUGUAAUACGAAAUAAUGUAGCACCAGUUUUUAAUGAAGCAUUAACAUUUGAUGUAUCAAAAGAUGUCUUAAAAAGUAGUUUUUUGGAAUUUAUUGUACUUCAUGAUAGUUUAUUGGGAUCAAAUGAAAUUUUAGGUAAAACUGUUUUAGGUCAUUCAUCAGAAAUUCGAUUAGAAGAGAGAACAUUCUUUGAUGAAAUGUUCCGUUCAAAGACUGCUAUAGCACAAUGGCUACCUUUGUAUGAGCAUAAUGUUAAAAUUAUUUCAACACAUCAUCAUAGUCAUCAUCAUCAUCAUCAUCAAAAAUAAUUUAAAUAUUAAGUAAAUACACGGGAAUUAUUUUUUUUUUUUUUUUGGAUUACAUACCUAAAAAUUAUAAAAAGAUUUUAAUUAUAUUUUAUAAUUAAUCAAGAUCAUUUUUAAUUUUAAAUAUGUAUACAAUUUAUAAUAUAAUGCAUAUUAAUUAAAGAAAUUUAAAUAUAAAAUAAUAAAAAUAUGCAGUGAAUGCAAGACUCGAUUGCACUGUUGAAGUACAGUAAUAGAAUAAAUCUAGACGAGAUCAACAAUUUUAAAAAGAAAUUGUAACGUGUGGAUUCAUUCUAACACUAUUCAAGCAGUAUUAUUGGGGUUCAAAGACCCCAAUAAAUAAUAUUAUUUAAAUUUAUGAAUUAUGUAAAAUAAUAUUAUAUUUGAUGAU